UGCCAUCUAGUGGCAAAUGCUGGUGAUGACAGCCCCAAGUUUGAAACAGGUGUCAAAAAUUCCCUACAAGACCACGCUUUUUCGGCAAAUUUUUCAAUUUUCCGCAAUUUUCUCAGGAAUUUCCCAUCCAAAAUAGAUCUUCAGCUAGUUCUCUAUAAGAAGGUAAUCUUGGAGGUGAAGAAGGAGGAGGACAAUGUCUUUGCCGACUUCCUCGAGAUUCGCUGUGCUGCAGCUUGUUGGCGAUUAUGAGCACAAGAAGUCCAAGAAGCCCCCAGACAAUGAGCAGAGCAGUGAUAACAAGGCUAAGCCGGCUAAGUUGAAAAAGGAGAAGCAGAAGAAGGUCAUGCCAGUUGAUGAGAAGACCAAACCGGAGGAGAAGCCCAAAACAGUACAAACAAAGCAGAAGAAGCUCGAGAAGAAGAAGAAAAAGCAGGAGGAGUACAUCACGGAGAAGCAGUGGACCAAGUGGCAGAAGAAGGAUGCUGAGCUAGUGGAUGGCAUCUUUGAGAAGGACCUGAAAGAGGCGCUCUUGCAGUCGCAGAUCGAGUUCGAAAAGCAGCGCGGGAAGAAGGAGGAUCCCAAGCCGGCGGAGGAGAUCAAGAAACCCAAGAAGGCCAGGAAGAUCACCUUGCAGGAGUUUAUGGCGCAGUCAGAGGCAAAGGAGGCAAAGCCAGCGAAACCAGAGCCUCCAAAGACUUUCUCCUUCGAGGAAAUCGACGACAGAGCUCGUGAGAUUGUCCAGAAGGAGCAGUACCGCAAUAUGGGCUGCUCUUCAAGCGGCCAGGAGGUGGUGCUGAAGAUCGACGACUCGCCCAAGCCAAGUCCCACCAAGGAGACACGGAAGAACAGCCCGGAAUCUCUGGAAGCCAUUGUCGCCGUCCUGAAGGCGGAAGUCAGCGAGUGGCAGGCGAAGUACGAAGGCGCCGCUAAGCUUCUGGAGGAGCAGAGCAAGCUGAUCAACCUGCAGCUGACCAAUUCCACCACUGAGAGUCUGCUGAAGAGGAUCGACGAGCUGCAGAAGCAGCAAGUUGAGCUUUACCACGAGAUCGGGAGUCUUCACGUGCUUCUGGAGCAGGAAAGGUCCAAGAAUCAGGCCGACGGAUCGAAAAUCAAGAAUGCCGGAGUGAAGAAAUCCGUUCGAUUCUCCGCCGCUUAAUCGUCAAAUUGCGCCCCAGCAAAAGACUCCAGAAGAGCGAGUGAACAUUGUGAUUGCGAGAAAAGACUGCUUUUGGAGCUCCUUUCGAACUCAACAAAUCUAUGAUUGUAUAGUAUUUUGUACAGAAGCAUUUAAACUGAAUCAAUCCAUCUGCUUUGAUUGCCUGAAAGCUAAUUAUUUUGUAAGAAAAGCAAAUACAUUGAUGAGCA